GGGAACGGGGCCGGGACCCCGCGGGGCCGGGGCGGCGGCGGGAGGCCUGGGAGGGCACGGCAUGGUACGGCACGGCAGGGCGCUGUCACCGCCGACAGGCCUGUGCCAGGCGCGGGGAGGGAGCCGGGGACGGGCCCUGGGCAGGGCCCGGCCCGGGAACCGGAGAGGUGGAGCGCUGCGAUGCCGUUCGGUGGGAGAACAGCGGGAGCGGUGCCAGCCUUCGCGGGAGGGGAGGGAAACGGGGACGCGGCCGCCCUGCUGACAGGGCAUUGGUAAGUGAGCGGCUUUGAACGUGCUUCCUAGGAGAAAACAAGGUUGGUCACCUCCUCCUGAGAUACUCGGAGCAAUGUCCUACGUUUUUGUGAACGACUCCUCCCAGACAAAUGUGCCGCUGCUGCAGGCUUGUAUUGAUGGAGAUUUUAACUAUUCCAAACGACUCUUAGAGAGUGGUUUCGACCCAAAUAUUCGUGACAGCCGAGGCCGAACUGGCCUUCACUUGGCUGCAGCCAGAGGAAAUGUAGACAUCUGUCAGCUCUUGCAUAAAUUUGGUGCUGACCUACUAGCCACUGAUUACCAGGGUAACACAGCCCUUCACCUGUGUGGGCAUGUCGAUACCAUCCAGUUCCUAGUUUCUAAUGGACUUAAAAUUGAUAUUUGCAACCACCAAGGUGCAACACCCCUUGUUCUUGCCAAACGAAGGGGUGUGAAUAAAGAUGUGAUUAGACUGCUGGAAUCUUUAGAGGAGCAAGAGGUGAAAGGAUUUAACAGAGGAGCUCACUCAAAGCUGGAGACAAUGCAAACGGCUGAAAGUGAAAGUGCAAUGGAAAGCCAUUCCCUUCUUAAUCCAAACCUACAGCAAGGUGAAGGAGUUCUUUCCAGUUUCCGCACAACAUGGCAAGAAUUUGUGGAAGACCUGGGCUUCUGGAGGGUGCUGCUCCUCAUCAUUGUCAUUGCUCUUCUGUCCCUUGGAAUAGCAUAUUAUGUUAGUGGGGUACUUCCUUUUGUAGAAAACCAGCCUGAACUGGUGCACUGAAGCAAAUGCAAAGAAUACGGUGUCCUUUUUCCUGUUCUAAUCUAAUCUUAUUUUCAGCUUGGAAUUAUUCUCAUGGUGCAGACAGUGGCAGCUGUAUAUACUGUUUGCCUUUUGUACUUACUCUUAACCCCUUUGAAAGAGGGAUUAAUUAAUUUCAAGUAAAACACUAAAUUCUAAAGCAUUCCUAAGCUACCUCUGACUUGCCUUGACUUGCAAGCAAGAUGUGAAGAUAGUCCUCUCUGGUAAAAUAUUGUCAUUAGAAAAGGCCUUUCAUUAUGAAUAUUAAAUUCCAUAUGAAAAAUAUAUACUAGUACAGAACCAAAUUUGGUUUAUUUUUCCUAUGAAGAGAGGUAAAUCUAUUGGAUUUUUUGUAGGUGCUUCAGUUGUAAGAAAAAUACUCUUAAAAGUCCUCCUCAAGAAAUCUCAGUAAUGUAAUAACACAUCCUGAUAUAUAGAUGGCGAUAAGCUGCGACUCCAUAGUUAUUUUAAUGCCUCUCCAUAGUUUCGUAUCUGCUAGUUUAUAAAAAGAAUGAGAAAUAGUUUGAGUUUUACUAUGUCUCUGAUGUGUAAAUCACUCCUUUAUUUAUUAGAUUAAUGCAGUGUGUCUUCUCCAGAUGAAUUUAAUGUUGUUAAUACCUGCCUGAAGUGAAUUUUGUAGAAUAAAACUGUUGUUGUGCUUUGGAAGAAGCCUUGGGCUGAAAAUUUUGCAUUUUUGUUGAAAUGUUGCUAAACAAACCUUUCUUUGUAAGGGUAAUUAAAAAGUGAUUUAGGUGUUCUGCCAUGUAUAUAAUAAUUCUGUAAGGUCAUUGUGAAAUAUAUCGUGAAGGAUAACUUCUUCUUCCUCCCACAAGGAUCAGACUGAACCAUGUAAUUGUAUUUUCAUGUUUGUGGAGAGAACUUGAUUGAAUAGAAUUCCUUUCUAGAAUUGUUUUCCAUUUCACUUGCUUUCAGACAGAACCUCCAGGCUUAUGAAUUAUUUUCUGAGUCUGCAGAAUAAAGGUAUUUAAAAUACUAAUAUUUAGGAACAUUGUAUGAAAUUAAAUCUUGAUCCAUUCUGCACUUGGCUGUGAAGCCCUUUGUUGUAAAUAACCUGGGGAUACGAAUCCAUUAGAUAUUCCUUUAUGAAGACUAAAAAGGUAUUGCAUAGUAAGUUGAAGGUUUUCAAAGAAAGUGUAUCCUCUCUCUCCAUGCUGAUUAGACGUUUAAUUCUCUUUUGCCAUUGCCUUGAAAAUCCCAAACAAAAUUAAUUAUGUGAGCCUAAGGCAUCAAUUUUUAUUUUUUUAAUUAGCCCUCUUUGGUUGUUACUAAAUAACAUAAAACAUUUAUUGUACAUUUAAAUGUAACCUACAUGUUUCUGUUCUGGUACCAUGUAUAAUUUUCUUUCUUGUUUAUUGGUUUGAAUUAAGUGGUUUGUUGUCUUUGUUUUGAUGCGUGACAUGGGUUUUGCUGGAGCUGGGCCCCAUUCUAGAUUGCAUCUGAAUAAAUCUUGAUAUUAAUUCUUAAGUUAGACUUUAAUGACACAGUACUUUUUUAGCAGCACAAUGCUGCAGAAACAAAAGCAUCUUAAAAAAACAAAAAAUGAGAACAUAAUCCUCCUCUGAGUAUUUCACUUACGGUACCAUUGUUCACAAACAGAUAAAUAUAAACUCAUCAUAUACCUAAAUUACAUUUACUUGUCUAAAUAAGUACAUUUCUGUUAAUAAUACCAUGCAUCUUGAUUAAUGAUGUUGUCUUUCAGUAUGUAUUAUCUGCAUAAUUUGUAACUGUAUUCUCUGUAUGGGUGAAUGCCACAAAUAAAUACAUGGAGUAAA